UCAGUUAGCCAAUGGGGUUCAUUGAUGAUUGAAGUGAUGAAUGUCUCAUGUAGUCCUAUGUUUGGCUUGUGAUUUGGUUAGCUGUCAGAAAAAUACAAAUCAGAAUCUCCUGGUAUCUUGAGAUCAAAGGCUGCUUUAAAUUUGAAUCGCUAUUCUAACUUUCUGCACUAGGGAGGCGACACGUUGAAUUAUACCCUCAGUGUUUAAAAAAAAUUCUGUGUUAUUUAAAAAUAGCAACACAGAAUUCAUUUUUACAGUACAUCCGGAAUGAAUGUUGUUAGAAUAAACUCUAGAAAUGUGUUUUACAUCAUCCUAUCCUUGCUUUUGAGCACGGUGAGAGAAGCUCAAAUGGGAGGAAUGGUUGACUACGUGGCCCAUGAAAGAGGAAAACGUAAUCUGAAUUUGACGCUGCCAUACAGUCAGAAAAAGGAAGAUACUCCUGCAGAUUGUGUACUAGAAAAACAAUGUUCAGAAUUAGGUGGAGAUUGCUUGAAAUGUGAUACAAAUCUACAAUGCGUUUAUGGAGAUACUUACACUGCCAACUGCACCGUUCUGGAUCAGGUCGAGUGUAUUGGUGAAAGGACCUUUGAAAAAAAAUAUAUAUGCCGUUACUGCUAUCAAACAGAACACUGGGAGCAUCGAUGCCACCAGAAAGCGACUUGCAGUUCUGUUGCGUCACCUCAGCAGCACUACCGAACAAACUGCACAGUAAACAGUGAGAUCUUAUGUCUUGGAAGGAGAAAAUUCCUCAAGAAUCUACCCUGUAAUUGGACAGGAGGGUACCGAUGGUCGACUGCAUUAAUACUGAGCGUUACUUUAGGAGGAUUUGGCGCUGACAGGUUCUACUUGGGACACUGGCAAGAAGGAACAGGGAAGCUAUUCAGUUUUGGAGGUCUUGGGGUCUGGACAUUGAUUGAUGUGAUCCUGAUUUCCAUGCGAUACUUAGGACCUGCCGAUGGAUCUUUAUAUAUUUGAUUAUUCCAACAUCAUUUCUCCAGUCUUGAGACCAUCAUGAUUUAUUGAUAAUAAAGUCAAACUUAGAUUUUAAA